AUGCCUUUUGCAGGCUCGGCGCACCCACCUAUACUACAGCAGAAAGGCCCGGCCAAGCAGAAAAUGCAGCGGCCGGAAACUCCCUUGGGAGCAAGCAUGGCGCGCCGCACCUGCAUGGAAGGCUCUCUUGUUUAUUUGGAUAAGUCUACGAACAUAAAGAGCAUGCAACGCGUCAAUCACUCAAUCAUAAUGGCUAACUAUACCGUGCUAGAGAUCCUCGGACAAGGAUGCUCUGGGAAAACCUACAAGGUUCUUUUCCAAAGGGACGGACGACUCUAUGCAAUGAAAAAGAAGCGAAGCGCUACCAGUGAAGACGUCAAGGAAGGCAUUCUGAUCACAUCGCUGAAGUGCCCUGUCUGUAUACCGUGCUAUCUCUGUUGGAUAGAGGACAAUAGUACGUACUUUGUCACAGACCUAGCUCAUUGUAGUCUCGAUAGCAUUCUUGACUACUAUCAUUUUCUUAUUGAGGAUCUCAUCUGGAUACUGAUGGCAGACAUCUCUAUGGCUCUGGAGUACAUCCACGCUAACGGGAUUGCACAUUGUGAUCUAAAGCCAGAGAACAUCUUGGUCACCAACAGGAUAGAUGGGUAUAACGUCCCUCCCAAGAAUUGUGGAGAUAGCUACACCAUUGACACUAGUAUGGACCGCUUAACUCCCAUAAACGAUCCCAAUCUCAAGAGGUCUUACGUAGCACAGCGUGCCGCCGCGUUGGCAAGAUCCAAGUCCGACAAGGCAAAGGACACAUACAUUAAUAAGAGCCAGAAUAAGCCUUUUUCAGUCGCCUCUUCCUCUCAUUCUCAGCAAGCUAGUGCAACCAACACUGUUCCCACAACUGGUGUAGCCAGUGUUGUCAGCACACCAAUGCAUACCAGUAUUGUGAGCACUGCAGUCAAUCAAAAACUGUCAGAGGACACCCUUUAUCCAAUCGCCUCAGAAAACGUCACGACAUCUAUGGAUCAACUCUCACUUCACACCACCUUUCCUCGCGCGCAAGUUAUCCACAGUGAUCUCAGGAAUUGCAUCUUAUCGACACAUAGACAGAGCUUUCCACUUAUUAUCUCACCAUGUUAUGAGCGUGCAGCUGACGGAAAAUACUUUGUUCGACACAAAAAGGGAGGGUUCCUCCUCGACAAGAUCAACCUGAUCAAGAGAAGCUAUUCAGAUAGCACCCUAGUGGUCCUGAAGCACACAGAAACAAUGUUGUCGAAUAAUUAUCCGCGUGAAUACAUCUUUUGUGAAUAUGAGGACCAAUUUCACAAUGAGGUGCAAGAUAAUUCCCACUUAAUCAUUCAGCACUUUGAGCUAGGGAGCCCGAUGAAGACAAGAUACUCCACCCCAAUGCAUAGGUUCAGUAGCACCUUGAACCAAACUAUGGACUGCCAGGCCGUGGACGCAGAUGUCGACCAAGGCAUGCGUAUUCCGCAUUUGGGCAUGUCUGAACCUGUCAUUAAUUUUCACUUCGUCAAUAUCUCUGAGCGGAUAAGUGACACAGAGUGGACACGCUCCUUUGAAAAACCCCAAAGCACAAUAGAAAACAGCGUGGACUCGGUCGUCUUUUCAAGCAAGCAAGACCUAGAGGUCUUUCGCGUUGAGGAGGAAUCCUCGGGAGGGAUGAAAUCCAACUGUGUCCCCAAUGAGUUAAUGCGCCACAGCUCAGUGCUUGCUGUAAGUGCAAAGUCUUUAGAGAAGGCAGAUGACGUCAUAGAGGAUCUAGAAGAAUCACUGACGGCAACGCAACCCUCUAAGAAAGUGGAGGUCGAUCAUCUCAGCACUGAUGCCACUCUCCAGAAUACAUCACCAACAUCGCAGAGCAACAAAGCAAUAACCUUACUAGCCACAUGCAAGCAUGAUCACACGUGCCAUUCUGCCGUUUUCAAUUGCAGUGAAGACUCGUCCACAACUAACCCAAAACACGCAACCAAGCUUGUAAGCCUUCAGAAGGAUAAGUCAGUAUUGUGUGCUGCAUUUCGAAAGCUUCCUCGUAAUAACAGCUACCGACUAGCCCUUCUCGCCAUGGUCAGUAGGAAGCCCCUGUACAGUCUGUACUUUAAUACCAGAUUCCUUUACAGGAGAAGACCUAACCAUUGGGCAUACUAUUUCAACCAUUGCAAAAAGCAUACCUAUCACAUAGCAAAGCCAUCCUUUCUUCUCUGUAGGAGUGUCAAUAGUGUACCAAUUAAGCCAAAAACCUUGAUGGACGAGAUACUAUCAUUGAGCCAUUAUGACCAUAACUCCCAAAUACCUACGGUUACCAUGCCAGCUCCUCAGGAUCAAGAGUCAGUAGACCAAGAUUCUCGCGGUAUUAAAAGUGCCAUAACCAUUGGCUUAGCUAAGAACUUCUUACUAGAUAGCUGCUCGUCGUCAGGCCUCUAUAUUGAUGAGAAAUCCAUCAAGUAUGCCAACCACGACUCUUCCAAGUCCAGCAUCUUGUCGAGCCAUUUAGAGGGAGACAUUUCGCCCAGUAUUGAAGCAGAUACAUUUACAAAGCAGCUAUCAUCAAUUCCUCACCAGUCACGGUGUGCAAUGCUCCCUGCCCCAGCGACUACUGGGCAAUGCAGCCAUCAGCCUAACUUAGCCAUCCAGUACAAUUUUGAUAGAUACCACCACUCUGGAGAGAACCCCAAGGUGGACACUUUCAGAAAGCGGGGGCACACAAUGUAUAACUCUAGCAGGCAUGCUUUGCAGGCCACUACGUCUCCUCCUAGUAGAUCAUGCUCCCAAGGCCUAACAACCUGGAGCGUAUCUCGGCCCACAACCGACCUGUCUCUUUCUUUGCUACUGGAACCUACAUCUACCUACGACUCAGCUAUAACAGAAUAUGCACAGUACAGAACAAAUAACUUUAAAACUAAUUCCCGACAUAAUGAAUUGGCAGAGUCAUUGAACAAACCAACCUUGCAAGGACAAAAAAGGCAAAAUGCAUUUCUAGGGUCACUCCCUGACGACAUGCAGCUCUUUAAUCUCUCUCACAGUGCACACUUUCAAAAUGGCAGCUUCUCAGGAGACAUCCAACCACCGUUCUUUGAAGAUUAUAGCUAUCCUAAUUCGCGAUAUGCAUUUAGUCCCGCACAGGCUUAUAAAACCCCGUUCACGAGAUCUACUGGCUCUCAAAAGAAGCAUGACCCCUGCAUAUACGCAUCAUCAAGCAAAGUCCAUCGUCUUUGUAGGCCAAAGGACAUGUAUGCUGUGCUCGAUGUGCAUCCUUUUCAACAGAUGGGGUUUAUGGACUCGGAUAUCUCUUGCUUGCUGCCCCCCUAUGGGUAUCAAUUAUAUAGGGCAAACAACCUCUUGUCAACAUCUAUGUGCGGAGAUACAUAUGGAAAUCACAGUCCAAUGAACUUCUUAUCAUUAGUGCCUUCUACUUCCCACACGCCUGUCAACGUAGUUCCAGUUGCCGUUGAUACAGAGCACAGCAGUCCUGAGUCAUCCUCCUCUAACGAAGGAUCCGUACAGCACACUCCCCUACUGACGCCUCGCCAGUUUCCAGUUCUUCCAGGCCCUCCUGACCGAGAUGCUAACUGUUCAAACUGUUCACAGCCCUCUAUCAAGUCUGCCUCUUUUCAGGACAGUAUGAAAUGCGGUGACCAAACUAAGCAGUCUAAUAGACCUAUCUUCUCACCAGUGUCCUCAGAUACGUCCCUGAGCAGGUCUUCAGUGAUCAAUACAUGCAAUUCUCAGUCAAUCCUUCAGAACCUGGUCUUUACCCUUUCCGACUUCGGGCACGCUCAAGAAGCACCAUUCAAGGAAAGUAACACAGGGGAUAGUCGAUAUAUAUGCCCCCAAUUUUUGCGUACGGGAAUCCCAGAUUACUCAGCAGAUGUAUAUUCUUUUGGGAUGACAAUCCUUGAAGUCAUGACUAACGUCAACAUUCCCCCCAACGGCGAGUCUUUUGAGUGUUUGAGAAGCCACAAAAAAGCCGUAUUAGACAUGCUGGAUGCUAACGUAUUUGGGCGGAACUUAAGUGCACAGUUGCACGAGGACGAUGCAGCAGGGUCUGACCUUCACAGGUCUUUAUCGUUCAUUACGCCGCGCAUCACCUACAGUAAAGAUCUCUGGCUGGCAAUGUUGGAUCUCAUCGAGCCAGACACGUCUCUACGACCCUCUAUUAGGACUUGGCGUAAAAAGUGGAAAAGUCAGCUGGACCGUAUAGACAGAACUAAGCUUUACCAAAAGAUAGAGUCUGAUCAGCGCGCAGUUGGCCUAAUAAUGAACGACCGUUUAGCACCGUCUGCCGUUGAUAAGAUGAAAGAUGCUAGUUCCAAAGAUCUUCUUUUCCCGCAGCAUACAAGUUUUACCAACGGCGAUAGCAGCCAUAACCCUUUUCAGUCCACAGUCUCAUCUUGCAAAUCCAACGCAGACUUUAUCAAUACACUGAACUCAACGUAUCAAUCUAAAGUAUAUUAUAACAAAGACAAUCAAAUACACCCCCAUUCUAUCAAUAAUUCCACAGCAACUAGCACUAAAAUGGUUCCUAUUAAAUGGUUAGACUCUUGCUUCUGCCAGGACCCCUCGAAGUCUACAAAUGCAAUUUCUUCUAUUAACAGACCUGCAGAUAUGUUAAACACGCGACCACUGAAUUAUGGAGAUCUGCACUGCUCAGCUCACCUUGACACUCAGCUGAACCCCAGUGACUUGUGCCACGAUACGUACAAACACGCUGUCCCGGUUCCUGGGACAUAUACUUCAAUCUGCUCUUGUGAUACUCCAUGCAAUGUUUACGCCAAAUCAAGGAGCAGGAGCCAUUGUACUGACUUUCAAUCACGGACAGAGUUGCUGGGUCCAGAUAUAGGAGACGACUAUCUGGACUUCGGCUUAUCCUAUAGGCAAGAGUCCAUGACUCCGACAACCAUUGUUAUAAACAAACAGCACACAAAUACACAGGGCUCUUUACAGCAAGAUCAUCAUCAUGUUGUAGGAGCUAUGUCGAUGGGCCCAGCAAAGUCGGUGCACAAAUCAGCUCGCUCAGAAGGAGCUGAAACCCCUGCGUCACUUGAGAGGUGCGGCUAUCUGUCGCUAAAUUGGCACUCGUCACUAAACGAAGAUAGCUUCGAACUGGAUCACUCUCAACUGAAGUCGCCGACAAGUGCCCUUCAGAAAGCUCAUCAGUCUGCGUUGACAUGUGCAGGACUCGAUGUGGGAGCACUAGACUCGUUUUCCAUCCGGGCAGAGUCGGAUAUGAUCCUGCUUGACAAUCGCAUGCGCGAGGCCCCUUCCGAGAUUCAGGUGGGAGAGCCGUUCCCCAUUAGCUUUCAGUCGCAUGAGUCCAGCGAGUCCGCGCUUCUUUCCACGGAGCUGCAGCUAAAGGCUCUCGUAGACGACGGGAGUUGUGAGAACCUGGACGUAGAACCCAAGGAUAGUGACCACCUCAUAAAGAGCGCCGUGAACACGACUCUCAGCUCUAAGGCACACGCCAGCACACAAUCGGUGGCAUUGUUUGCCUCACCUCGCAAACCGGCAGAGCAGACCUCCGCCACUUGCACCUCAGAGAGUCAGAUCGACUCUAUCCAGAACGACACAUUGGCUGUUGGUAAGCACGUUGCAGUCGGGCAAGCUCACUCUAGUGCUAGUUUCACGUCCAAUACGACAGACCGUGGAAAAGCGAACAAUCCGACGCAAUCCAUAGUUAACACGCUUCUAAAUUCUCCUGUGUCCGGGAUCUUCGAACACAGUGAUCACAGUGACCUGAGCGUCCAUAGUACCAAGAGUAGCAAGAGCUGUAACAGUACGCUCCACCAAAGCGUAGUGCAUCCAAAGAGCUUCGUCAAAAGCUCCCUAUCAGAUCAGAAGUCCCAUCUGGGACAAAAGGAUUAUGCGAGCACCCAAUCACUUACAUCCAGUUGCGAGAGUGCCCUCAGAAACACUCACUCACUGCCACACAUAUCUCCACUGUGCUCUUCGUUGAGGUCCGUCAUACUCAGCGCUAAUCCCAUUGAUGUGGCCGAAACCUCUCCGGAAAGCCAAUCGGUGAGCCUUUGCGCAGAUGGUAUAUCCCUUCUGUCCGCACGCCGUGGAAGGGCUAUCAGCCAAAUAACCCGCCGGGAGCUGCAGACCAUUGGGGUGAACUCGGCCGUAGACGAUAGUACCACGUCUCUGCACGAAAGGCCGGGAUACUGUCCGGUUUGCAAGCUUUUACGUGUUCCUUCGGACUUGCGCCUCACGCAGCGCGCUAUGGCCUUGUGCCCCUCUUCCUCUCAGGCUGAAGAGCUUAUCCAUUACUGUGUGUGUGCCCAAGCAAGCGCCUUUCCAGAUGCAGGAGAGUUCACCCAUUCUUAUUCAGAGCCUGCAUGUACUAACUACAGUAACCACUCUAUUGACAAGCUCAUUCUUUCGUGCUACAUACAGAAGGACAACUGCGAUGCUAAUAGCCACGCCCCGUCCCCUCUUCCUCGCGCUGCUCGUAGUGGGGCAUCCUUUGGCCCGGGACCCUUGGUUUCUCAGGAGGAUGUUGGCAAGAACAAUGACAGAACGGUGUCUGCCAACGAUUGUGAGUGUUUACCGAGUCAAUUUGUCCUGUCGCACGUAUCUGUAUCGCACCCUUCCUCAACAGUGGGCCCCUGGAUGUUACCCUUCAGCAAAACAAGGUCGCUUGUGCUCACUUACACCGAGAGGCUAAUAGUUUCUGCGAUCUCGUACCUGUCACUUCGCUCCGGAAUAUAUACCUCAAUGCAGGUUCCAAGCGAGGCAGCGGCAUCCUGCUUCACGAAAUAUGAGCAAACGCCAACUGUAAUCGGAUGUAAGACGAACCAGGUACUUUUGUCUAAAGUAGAUACGGUCUGCGAGCCUGGUAAAAAGCACUGUUUAGAAGCUGGGAGUGAGGUAAGAGAGAUUGGCGACGACUCUACUAACUCAGUCGGGAGCUCCGGGGCGGAAAGGGUGCGGUUAGCCUGCAGGCACCGAAGGAGGUCUGCCGGUAACACAGGAAAUUUCAAGGCAGUGGGCUGGGCAGACGAUCUGGGUGGAACGGAGGGGCGCACACAAAAGCCCCGCUAUAGCACUUUAUCUCAUUCAAAGUCCGGGAUGCUCACACGAUUGCCAUAUGCAGAGCUCCAAAGACUUGGAUACGUAACUCCACUACCGAAGCAACGAAGGACGCCGGUAAAGUGGAAAAAGCCUAGUAAGGUUUUCUUACUUUCUAAGGAAAUAUCCACCUGCUCGUCUAGAGAGCCGUGCAUAUCUGUGUGCUCUCUGGCCUUCACGGCGCAUGGCGUAUUCAACUGUCUGCUGCUUCUGGACAUAGGGCUCAUUGACUUUUUUCAUACAGCACGCAUGUUUCGGUGGAUUGGCGUUGUAAUUACAAUCGUUCUAGCAGGAGUUUUAGCAUCUAUAUUGAAGGAGCUCAACACAUACCUAGUCUUUGAAGACAAGAGUCCGGGAUACGUCUGUGUUCCAUAUACACGGAUAUACGUCUCCCCGCGCCAGAUCGUGGCUGUCUGUCUGCGCUUCCUCCUGCCGACAGUUUGCUUUAUGGCAACAGGAGUGGGGCUAAGCCUGUACCCACAGUCACGUCUUCUGAUGCUUCUGUUGGCUCUACUCGAGUGUAUGUUCGUCGCAAAAAUAAGCAAAUUCUCAAUUCGGAACAUUUCGUAG